AUGCUAAAGCUUCAUAUUCCCCCCACAGAAGACGCAGUAAUCAGAUCGUCGCGGGAGUCACAGGCUAGCUCUCAUUCUUCAGAAGACCAAGAGGCAGGGUUUGGCCAUGAACCUAUCCAGGAAAGAUAUGGAAAUCCUUCGACCUCCAGAUUCCGUCGCGUGGCUUCGAAAACGAUCGUGUCCUUUGGUGCCAAUGACCCGGAGAACGCUGUCAAUUGGACAACAAAAAGAAAGUUUUUUGUCCUUGCCUCCGGCGUUAUGCAAGUGAUGAACAGCACAAUUGGCUCCUCAAUCUGCAGCAACGCCAUCCCAGAGAUCGCAAAAGAGUUUGAUAUCACGAACGAAACAAUACUUGUCUUGCCAAUCUCCAUCUUCCUCAUCGGUUACAUCUUAGGUCCUCUACUCUGGGGUCCUAGCUCCGAAUAUUUUGGUCGAAAGCCCCCAUUACUCAUUGCUUAUGUCCUGUUCAUGAUAUUCACGCUGGCGUGUGCCGUUGCAGACUCAUUUGCCUCUCUGCUGGUUUUCCGUUUAUUCAAUGGAAUGGUUGCUUCCGCGCCUAUUGCCACCGUCGGUGGGCUUUUCGCUGAUGUACAUGACGACCCCACACUCCGCGGUCGAUUGAUGGCAUACUAUAUGGCCUGUACCACCUUCGGACCCAUCAUUGGACCAUGGGUAUCUGGGUUUGUCGCAGUCGUCAGCUGGCGAUGGUGUUUCUGGAUCGGUCUCAUUCUGGCGGGAGCUAGUUUGCCCUUGGUUAUCUUCAUGCCAGAGACUUAUGCACCUGUCAUUUUGAAGCGCCGCGCCCAAAAGCUCCGUAAAGAUACGGGGAACUCUAGCAUUGUCUCACCGUUGGAGGUCCAAAGUCGCAACCUCCGAGAGAUGAUCAUUGUCACGAUUUCACGACCAUUCCGCAUGAUGCUUCAUGAAUCAAUUGUCUCAUUGACUUCACUUUACCUCGCCUUGGCAUAUGCGAUUUUCUACCUUUACUUCGAGGCAUACCCUAUCAUUUUCCAAGGUUUGUCGCACGAUUCCGUUCUGUUCCUGGCAAAUUUUUGGAGAAUUACCACUAACUCGAUCGACUGUUCAGGCAUUUACAAAAUGAGCCCUGGAAUCUCUGGACUUAUGUUCCUACCAAUCGGAAUCGGUGCCGUUCUCGCUUGCUUCGUCUUCAUCUGGUAUGACGGCUACCUUGCCCGAGCCAAAGCCCGCAACGCCAACUGGGCCUUCAUCGAAGAAUAUCGAAGACUUCCGCUCGCCUGCAUUGGUGGACCUUUAUACGUCAUCUCUCUUUUCUGGGUUGGAUGGACGGCCUCACCAAAUAUCCACUGGGUUGUUCCCUUCUUGUCCGGAAUUCCUUUUGGAAUGGGGUACCUGUUGAUUUUCAUGGCUAUGUUGAACUACAUGACUGAUGCAUAUGAAACGCUUUCCGCCAGCGCUCAGUCCGCUGCAAGCUGCACACGAAGCAUCUUUGGUGCUGUGCUUCCACUCGCGGCGAAGCCGAUGUUCAACAAGCUCGGUGUUCCUUGGGCUUGUAGCCUGAUCGCAUUCCUGAGUCUCAUUGUCUCUAUCAUUCCCUUCGGAUUCAUUCGCUGGGGUGAUCGUAUCCGAAACAACAGCAAGUUCUGCCAGGAGCUCAAGCGCAUCAAGGAGGCUGAGCGCUUGGAAUGGGAACGAGAGGAACGUCUUGCCAGUGGUGACGACAAACUGGAGCCUGUGCCGACACACAAUACCGGAGUUUCCAUGACCAGAGUCGAUACUGCUCGGACUGACAGAGCAUCAAUCAUUUGCUGA